UUCCCACCUGAGUUCCCGGCGCUGAGCUGAAGCCUCAUCCGGUCACGGCCCGCCUCCCCCCACUGACGGACAGCGCCAGCGGCCAAUAGGGGCAGCCCAUGACGCAAUCCGCCCCCACGUGACUCAGCGUCAAUCACCGGCGGGCGGUGACGUCAGGGUGCCGGUCGUGCUGCCCGGAUGCUCGGUGACCCCAUCUCGGCUUUAGGAGCCGUUGCUGUGGACAGAGGGGCGGGGACGUGAGCGGCCAUUGAGAGUGGCCAGGGUCCCAGUGAGCACCCCCCCUCACCCCCUCCAUCUGCGCGGUGUGCGCGCUGAGUUUGGUGGAGGACCACAUGACGGGGCACAAAAAGGAGAAGCGUUACAAGUGCAACGUGUGUGGCAAGGCCUGGCAGCACCCGUACCUGCUGGAGACCCACCGGAGGGUGCACACGGGAGAACGCCCCUUCGACUGCUCUGACUGUGUCAAGAGCUUCAAGACGACACAGGACCUGAAGGACCACCGGCGGGUGCACACGGGCGAGAAGCCCUAUGGCUGUUCCACCUGCGGCAGGAGUUUUGCCCGGGUGUCGGGGCUAUGGGUGCACCGGCGGGUGCACAGCCGUGAGCGGCCCUUCACCUGCUCUGACUGUGGCAAAGGCUUCAAGUCUUCCAUGGACCUGAAGGUGCACAGGCGCCUGCACACCGGGGAGCGGCCCUACACCUGCAGCGGCUGCGGCAAGGGCUUCACCCGCUCCAAAAACAUGCUGGAGCACCAGCGCACCCACACCGGCGAGCGCCCCUUUACCUGCACCCAGUGCGGCAAGGGCUUCACCCGCUCCAACAGCCUGCUGGAGCACCAGCAGGUACACACCGGCGACCGUCUCUUCCCCAAGCCCUUUGGCUGCUCUGACUGCAGCAAGAGCUUCAAAACGACGAAUAACCUGAGGGCCCACCAGCGAAUGCACACGGGCGAGAAGCCCUAUGGAUGCUCCACCUGCGGGAAGAGAUUUUUCAAUUCGUCGAGUUUGGGGCGGCACCAACAGGUGCACACGGGCGAGAAGCCCUAUGGCUGCUCCGCAUGCGGCAAGAGGUUCAGGAGGGCGGAUGACCUGAAGAUCCAUCAGCGGGUACACACGGGCGAGAAGCCCUACGGCUGCUCCACCUGCAGCAAGACCUUUGCCUGCUUGUCGGGGCUAGCGGUGCAUCGGCGGGUGCACACGGGCGAGAAGCCCUAUGGCUGCUCCACCUGUGGCAAGAGCUUUUCCCAGUUGUCGGGGCUACGGCGGCACUGGCGGGUGCACAGUAGUGAGCGGCCCUUCACCUGCUCUGACUGCGGCAAAGGUUUCAAGUCGUUGUCGGAACUGAAGGUGCACUGGCGCCUGCACACCGGGGAGCGGCCCUACACCUGCAGCAACUGCGGCAAGGGCUUCACCCGCUCCAACAACCUGCUGGAGCACAAGCGCACCCACAACGGCAAGCACCCCUACACCUGCGGCCAGUGCGGCAAGAGCUUCACCCGCCCCACCAGCCUGCUGUCCCACCAGCAGGUGCACGCCAGCGACCUUCCUGUCCCCAGCCCGGUGUGGGGAGAGUGCUUGGCCAUGGCCUCCCACACCCUGUCUCACCAGCACGUGCACACCAGUGGCCAGUCCUAUGACUGUCCAUACUGCGGUGAGGCGUUUGACAGCUUGCGGGGGUUGCGGCAGCAUCGGCGGACCCACGCCUUCGAGAGGCAGCUCCCACUGAGGCAAGCGUUUCAAGAGCACACAGUGGCUGCAGGAGCACCAAUGGAUAUACAGACCAUGAUGGAGAAGGUGAGGGCAGACUCUACGAUGGCAGUAUAACAUUGGACCAUCAUUACCUGCGGCAGAUUGUGUUUUAUCAGCUGCCGCAGCAAGUUCAUCCUAUAUUGAGCUUUUUUGACUGUGGAGUCCAUGGUGGACUCGCAUUGAUCUAUCGAACAAUGAUGUAUUCUCCAUUUUCUUUGAACUCCUUUGUCCUGUUUUCACUCCUUACACUUCCUUAUCUCUGUACCUCGCUUCAGACUGAGCAAGGGUCACGACCCGAAACGUCACGCAUUAAUUCUCUCCACAGUCGCUGAGUGACUCCAGCACUUUGUGACCUUCUUCCCAUGAUGCAUGCCGCCCCCCACGUGAGUCUGCCCAAUGGCAGGGAGAGGGGCCGGCACCAGUCCCCCUUGGAUUGGUGGUGACAUGAGGGCACCAGUCGUACGCACCGUCUGUGGUAGCGGCUGAUGUCACGGUGCAGGGCGGGAGGAGGUGCGGGCGGGCGG